UAACGUGAAACCGCUAAAAUACGUAACUACACAUCAACUUAAGCCAUUUACAAAAGAACUGUUAAACUUUCAUACUUAGUACUUACUGUGAAUAACGGAUCGAUAGAAGCUUCAUACACUGGAGUAGCUAUAGAGACCUCUUUAUAAUGGUUUACGGAGUGGGCGGUGAGCAAAGUGGGCGGGUCUUAUUAAGGGUACCUUAUCCCUUGAUGUAUCCCUAUGAGCUUCAAUACGGUACAGUGUGUCAAACUAUCAACACACUACGCGCGCAAUGAGUGCUACAAUAGAUAGUAGUCGCGUAAAGUAGUCUGAUAGCUAUACAAAAGUCUAAAAUGGAUACGAAUGAAAAUUGCGCUCCGUUAGAGACGAACAACUCUGCACCGCUCACCGUCGGCGGAUCGCCAAAUAAUUCUGAUAACAUGUUCUUAUAUGAUGAUUCUUCAAUGUCCGACGGCAGUUUAUAUGCCAGCGACCAAGAAAAUCAUUCCACGCCAAGAAAAAGGUCAGAAUGCCGGCGACACCACAAGCGGCACGUAUGCUGCACGCAGCAGCAGAUCCAGCAGCGACAGGCUGCUAACCUGCGGGAGCGACGCCGCAUGCAGUCCAUUAACGACGCCUUCGAGGGUCUCCGCGCGCAUAUCCCCACCUUGCCUUAUGAAAAACGUCUCUCUAAGGUGGAUACGCUCAAACUUGCCAUUGGAUACAUAAGCUUUCUCGGUGAACUGGUUAGUGUGGACAAAAGUGGAGACGCGAUGCCCUCCGGAGUAUCUAAUAACCUGAAAUCAAAUCAUGAACAAAAGAAAAUCAUCAUACGAGGUAGCAACUACCAAAGCCAUUCCCUGUCAUGGUCCCGACGCGGAGAACGGCCUUCUGGAGGAACGCUUCACGCCAAAAUAUGGGUCCCAGAAGAUCCUCGGAUGUCAACGCGGUCUACCAACAUUAUAGAUAAAGAAGAACUAAGAUAAAAUCUACUUUAGACAUUGUUCGGUUAACUAAUGAUCUCAUUAUUUGUUUAAGAGUUUGGCUGUACUUAUGUAGAAACAGUAGAAACCUUAAGAAGUUAUAUGCGCACCGUAGCUUGCUUAACUACAAUCAUUGUAGCUUCCAUGCCAUUGUGUAGGACUAGCGAUCAUGAUUUCCUUAACAGAGUCUACGAGUAUAUAAUCAAGACACGGUUUAAAGUGUGCAUGCAUAGGUAGUCAGUUGAAAUUGUUCCAAAUAUUAUUUUCGUAAGAUACGAAUUGAAAGUAAAUUAUUUUAUUUUCAAUUCGUAUCUUACGAAAACUAGUCAUUAGUAGUAGGUACGUUAAGUUAUAAUUAAUAAAUUGAUUUGACAUUUUCAAAUAAAAACAAUACAGCGAAAAGAAAAAGCGCGUGGAAUAAUUUUUACUUGUUCACAAAUUAAUGCCAGUAUUACUAAUGAAGUAAAUUAAUAUUUUCGUUUUUUGGUUACAGAUAUAUUUAUUUAUCUAAAUUUUAGUUUAGGUUGUAAUUUAUUGUCAAUAUUAUUUAAAUUAUAGAAUUAAAUGUGUAUUUAUUAUAUUUUAUAUCCCAUAGUAAAUUUCAUCCAAAGAAUGUAAAGCACUUUUCUGACAUUAAAGAUUUUCUGAGGUUUAAAAAAAAUUAAAAAAUGUUCAGUUUUUAUUAAUUAAAAAUGCAGUGAUAACUUCUUAUGUUAAGUUAAACCACUCCUUAACGUAACGCGUUACGGCGCCUCUCUAGCUGGCUUCCUUUUCUCUCACGCAUAUAGCUACGCAGGUUUAUGUUAUCACUUCUGUAGUGGGUCCCGAGAAGCACAUGUUUUUUUUUUAUUAUUUUGAGAUAGGUAUCUAUUUAUUAAA